AUGACGUUUAUUCAAGUACCAGUGCUUGUUUUGUUGAUAGCGUUACUAUUUUAUUACAUCCCAAAGAUUCCUGAACCUAAAUUGCUUCCGAUUGUUGAGGGAUUCUUUCAGCCGGAAUUUAUGGAGGUGGCACUAGUGUUUCGGAGAAAUAUGGAAUCCGGCAAAGAGCAAGGGGCAUCAUUUGCAGUGUAUCAUGAUGGUGAUAUUGUAGUAGAUAUGUGGGCAGGAUAUGCUGAUAGAGACAGUAUGAGAAGAUGGAGGAAUGAAACUACAACAUUGGCAUUUGGAUGCACUAAAGGAGUUAUGGCAUUUCUUGUUGCUAUUAUGGUGGAAAGAGGAUUGCUGAAUUACAGUAAACCAGUUGCAGACUAUUGGCAAGACUUUGGUGUAAAUGGGAAAGGGGAAAUAACUCUAGAGAUGCUUUUAAACCACCAGGCUGGUCUACCAUAUUUGAAGGAAGCAAUUUCUCUUAGAGAUUUGGAAUCAGAUAUCCAGCAUGUAGAUAAAAGUAUAUUCUCACAGUCUCCUGUAUGGAAACCAGGUACAUUACAUGGCUAUCAUGAGUGGACGUUUGGUAUCAUACUGGACAGGCUGAUACAGAAACAAGAUCCUAAACACAGAACUGUUUCAGAAAUAUUCCAGGAAGAAAUUGCAAAGCCAUUAGAUGUUGAAUUUGACAUGCAUUUAAAGAGUGGUGAUGUACAUAAAACUGCGAGAAUUUAUCAGCCGCCAGUCUUACAGAGUAUUUUACAAGCUGGUACAAAUCUGCCUUACCUUAAAAUGUAUAUAAAAAGUUUCUUCAGUUCAGAUUCUUUAGUCAGCAAAGUUUGGAACAGUGUGAAGGAAAGCGUUUUGCCUGUUUUAGUGUUCAAUGACCCAGAAAUAAGAGAAAUAAGCUUGUCCUCCUACUCUGGUACUGGCACAUCUAGAGGUCUUGCAAAGCUGUUUAGCGUUUUAGCGAACAGUGGCCUGUAUGAAGGCAACCGCAUUUUGAGAAGGGAAACAACAGACAAGAUGAAGGAACUAGCUAAUGGUGAUACAUGCUUCAUUACUGGACUACCAAAGAAGUUCAGUCUCGGAAUGCAAGUCUUCACAAACCCAUAUGGAGAGACAACCUUUUGCCAUGCUGGAUACGGAGGACAAAUGGUAGUUGCUGAUCCUAGCAACAAACUCUCAAUCGCAUAUCUUACAAGUUACCUUUCAAUAUACCGCAAUGGAGACGAUCCAAGAUUUUUGGACUUGCAAAGAGCAGUGUACAGCAAUUUGCAAAAAUACAUAGAGCGAAGAAAGAAGAUGACCGAAGUGUGACAUUUUUACAUGUAUUAUAGAAGACACAAAAUAAUGACAGUGCGGGUAAAAAAAUCUAUUCAGCUUGGCUUCAGAGAGAUAACUCUAACAAUAAGUUUCUUUGAACAACGAUGAUAAUGUUAUGCAAUUGUGAACUUAUGCUAAAAGUCAUCAGGUGAACUUUAAUUACCCAUCGCAGCAGACUGUAAAGCAUCUGGUAUUAAUUGUGCAUAUACUUUUGUUACAUAAAGUAUGCUAGAGAUUGAUUACUCUUAAUCUAAGAAUAUCAGUUAGAGUAUCAGCGAUUCCUGUUUAUACAUUGUUGCCAUUUUCGUAUUAGACAGUUUAAAAAUGAAAGAAUCGAAUCAAUGUCAAAUCAUCUGUCGACUGAUAAAAGUAUCCGCUCUUAUUUUUAUAUAUUUAGUAUAAAAUAUAAAAUAGCACUUGAAAGCAAUUGCCAACUAUAGCUUUUCAGACAUUUUCAACUGCACAGCGCCUUCACGAAUUAUAUGAAUAUAUAAUUAUGAUUUAUAUACAUUGUUAGUAUUUUGUUCAUAAAUACAUCAAACAGUGUCAUCCAACCAUAUUUAUUGGAAUGAUGACAAGUACUGGUCGUCCAGAACAUGACUACAGAUAAUUAGCGCAUCCACUGAAGUUACGUGGAAUAACUAAUCUAGUCUACGUCACUAAUGAAGAAACAGGCUUGAAAGAAUUUUCCCAAUAGAAAGUCAAGAUUUUAAUCAGAAAAAUAUGCAGUUGAGAUGUUUUAACCAUAUGAGGAUUGAUUUACUUAAGCAGUUGAAGAAAUACAACAUCACGAAAGAAGCAAGUAAUGAAAUAACUAAUGGCAUACUGCACAUUGAAAUAAAUAGAAUAAGAGUAGCUGGUCCUGCGAAUGAAAAUAAUGAAAGCUUCGAAAACAAAAAAAAUGUCUUCAACCUGACCACUACAUUUUACUCAGUGUAUUGAGUCUCAAGUCUUUAAAAAACACAUUUUUGAAAUGCAUGGGAAAGGAAGCAAGAGCAGAUAUUGGUUUAGGAAAUCCUUCACACAAGUUUUAUAACCGUAAGACUGAGUCAAUAUGUACUCCAAGAAGCAACUGGCUGUGCACGACGACAUUUACAAUUUGAUUUUAAAGGUAACCCGCAAAAAUAGAAAACAGUGACAGAAUUUCAAAGAAUACAGUACACAAACUAGGUUUUGCAAUGUAAAAUACAAGAAGAAAACAAAAGUUGUCACCGGGAAGUUAUCUCUGCCAUCUCAGGACUGUAGUGAAAAAUUGUAUUCUCUGCCUUCUGCAAUUAUUGAGAAGUUUUGGAAUAGUACAGAAAUGCUGUUGUCAAAUGACUAUUUGAGGAAACUACAUAAUGGUAACUUUCGUAUUGCAGAAGAUGCGGAUGCUUACAUCAUCAAACAAAACAAGAAUACAUUUGUUUGCAAUUGUCCGGACUAACAGAAAUUAAAAACUUCGUCCACAUGUUUUGGUUAUCGCAGAUGAAAAAAAAAACCUGUCUGAUUUCUGUUAUUUCCGGCUUCUAGUAUAAUCUAUUAGCUGUAAUAUAAACAAACACAUCGUGCAAGGUGCAGGCAAACGGAAGUCAAGAAGCCAAGAAAAGGUUGUCAGAAUGUUAAAAAAAUCUCCAAUAGAAAAGUUCUUCAGUUCAAAAAUACGAUAUCGUGCUGAUACUCUUUUGCACAGCUGUAUUUACACAGUUUCCGUAUUUCUGUAUUUUUAUCUACAAGUUACCAAUAAAUACAAAAGAAGAAGUAUAUGUCUUUUCGGUCUUCAUGGAUGUUGGUCCAUGGAGGGAAAACUAAAAAAAUCAAGAUAUUUCACGUGCUAUUUUGUUUACGCGUCAGGAAUGACUAUUUAUGUUUGCAGUAAAUACCAGAAGUAUACCAAGAUGAAAAGAAUGGCAUUGAAAAGAAAAAAUAAUAUCUUGUUCCGUUCCGCAAAGAAUCAUUAUCCUAGGCACGCUAGGGGAUAUUUAUACUUUGCGGGACGGAACGGAACAACUGUGUUUGCAGUCUCGAAGAUUUGUUCACAGGAGUUUUCUUUUUUUAUGCCCCCGAAGGGAGGCAUAUUAGUUUUCAACUGUCCGUCCGUUCCUUCAUCACAAUGUUAACGUUUUGCAUGAAGGCAACGUUAACUUUUUGCAUCAAUGAACUUUACUCGCGAACCACUGUACCCUGGACCUUCGAACUUCACGUGCUAAUAGUACUUAUUGAGUACUUAUUGAGUACAAGACCCCGAUUGACUUUCGGGUCACCAGAUCAAUGGUCAAGGCACUGCGGGGGCAUCUAUCACCAUUAGUGACAGCUCUUGUUAAGUGUAUGCAUUUAGUUAUAUAAAAAAGUGUAUCAACAAUGUCUAAACUAAAAAGCGCAGUGUAUGUUUACGCACUACAAGUAUCAGAAAUGUAACACGCACGAGAAAAUGGACGACUAGAAAUAAGAACUUCUAGGAUUUGUGAAACACUGCAUUCUACCGUCUAAGUAUUUCAAAUUACGUUCUAGCGUAUUAAAAAGAAUGAUACAACAGCUUUAAUUCGUAUUAAAUAAUUUCAAGUACUUUUAAUUUUCUCAAUGAAUUUCAUAUGAAAUGUUCAGUUUUUAUGCAAUAUAAUACUUGAAAUAAACCUCUGGGAACAUGAGGACUGAAAAAAUAUGAUACCGUGUUGAUACACUAUUGAAGUUGGAUACUUACGGAUGCCAUAUUAGUUUUGUUUUCUUAUGAUAGAAGGAAGCAAAUUAGAGUAUCAGUGCAAGGGAGAGAAACCCUUUAAACACAUUAUUGAAAAUGCCUAUAAGUUAAUUACCUUGUUUGUAUGAUGUGAUCUUGUGUCUCAUUUUCAAUUUUCCAAAUUGUGGAGUCUUGCCGUUUCGAAUUUCGUGCAAGGCACACAAUUAUUUAUCUAUCCUGAAAUUAAGAUUAAAAUUCUUAAGACUUAUAAUCCUAUAUCUAUAUUCACAGAAGUAUCGGAUAGAGUAAGCAAAUGGAUUUGUAAAAUGGAUAUAAAUGCAAGAUAUUCUCGUAAUUAUUCUUAGCUCGUUCAUUUAUUUACUGUUUUUGUCAAAGUCGCAAAAAAGGUUUUGUUUAUUCCAACCUUUUUAUAUUGGAUAGUACGAUCGAAAUUUCUUGCUCACAAGUAUAUGCAAUGCCAUAUAUAUUGAUUUCACUUAUGUACAUUUACAGGUAUUCAUUAAUUAAAAAGAAAAAUGUUAAGGGACUUGUCCUGUUGAUAAAAGGCUAGAAAGCUUGUCUGUAUAUUCAAUAAGUGUGGCUGAAUAAUAAAAUGAUAUAAAAAAAAGAAUGAAACAUUUUAUGUAUGAAACAAAUAUCAGAAAUGUAACACGCACGAGAAAAUGGACGAUUAGAAAUAAGAACUUCCUCUAGGAUCUUUUAAUAAAGAUUUAUGAAACACUGCAUUCUACCGUCUAAGUUUUUCAAAUUAAGUUCUAACGUAUUAAAAAGAAUGAUACAGCUUUAAUUCGUAUUAUAUAAUUCCAAUACCUUUUAAUUUUCUCAAUGAAUUUCGUAUGAAAUGUUUAGUUUUUAUGCAAUAUAAUACUUGAAACAAAGCUCUGGGAACAUGAGGACUGAAAAAAUAUGAUACCGUGCUGAUACACUAUUGAAGUUGGAUACUUACAGAUGCCAUAUUAGUUUUGUUUUCUUAUGAUAGAAGGAAGCAAAUUAGAGUAUCAGUGCAAGGGAGAGAAACCCUUUAAACACAUUAUUGAAAAUGCCUAUAAGUUAAUUCCCUUGUUUAUAUGAUGUGAUCUUGUGUCUCAUUUUCAAUUUUCCAAAUUGUGGAGUCUUGCCGUUUCGAAUUUCGUGCAAGGCACACAAUUAUUUAUCUAUCCUGAAAUUAAGAUUAAAAUUCUUAAGAAUAUCAUAUAUCUAUAUUCAGAGAAGUAUCGGAUAGAGUAUGCAAAUGGAUUUGUAAAAUGGAUAUAAUUGCAAGAUAUUCUCGUAAUUAUUCUUAGCUCGUUCAUUUAUUUACUGUUUUUGUCAAAGUCGCAAAAGGUUUUGUUUAUUCCAACCUUUUUAUAUUGAAUAGUACGAUCGAAAUUUCUUGCUCACAAGUAUAUGCAAUGCUAUAUAUAUUGAUCUCACUUAUGUACAUUUACAGGUAUUCAUUAAUUAAAAAGAAAUAUGAUACGGGACUUGUCCCGUUGAUAAAAGGCUAGAAAGCUUGUUUGUAUAUUGUAAGUGUGGCUGAAUAAUAAAAUGAUAUAAAAAAAAGAAUGAAACAAUUUAUGUAUGAAACAAAUAUCAGAAAUGUAACGCACGAGAAAAUGGACGAUUAGAAAUAAGAACUUCCUCUAGGAUCUUUUAAUCAAGAUUUGUGAAACACCGCAUGAUACCGUCUAAGUUUUUUUCAAAUUAAGUUCUAACAUACUAAAAAGAAUGAUACAGCUUUAAUUCGUAUUAUAUAAUUUCAAUUACCUUUUAAUUUUCUCAAUGAAUUUCGUAUGAAAUGUUUAGUUUUUAUGCAAUAUAAUACUUGAAAUAAACCUAUGGGAACAUGAGGACUGAAAAAAUAUACCGUGCUGAUACACUAUUGAAGUUGGAUACCUACAGAUGCCAUAUUUCUGUAUUUUUAUCAGUCUGUAAGUUGCAAAUAUAUACAAAAGGAAACAACUUCACCGAUGUUGGUCCGUGGAGGGAAACUUAAAAAAUAAGAUAUUCCACGUGCAAUUUCGUUUACGAAUCAGGAAUGGUAAAUGAUGUAUGCAGUAAAUACCAGAAAUAUACCAGGAUGAAAAGAAGCGCAAUGAAAAUAAAAAAAAUAAAAUAAAAUGAUAUCUUGUUCCGUUCCGUUCCGGAAAGUAUCAUUAUCCUAGGGGAUAUCGAUACUUUGCGGAACGCAGCGGGACAUUUUUCUUUAGUCAGGGAUAAUUGAUACGUACAUGUGUACUACUAUAUUGAUAUCUAAACCAUUAUAUUUAACUAAAAAUGACUGUAACCAUAUUCACAAAAAAUAAAAUAAUAAUCGCAUCAAACUCAAAAUACUUCGAGUGCGGGAGGUCGUGGGUUCGAUCCCUGAUCGCGUCAUACCAAAGACGUAAAAAUGAAGCUGUUAGCUGCCUCGCUUGGCGCUCAGUAUUAAGAGGAUAGUGCUAGUACUGGUCAGCCCGGUGUCAGUAUAAUGUGACUGGGUGGGGUAUCAUGUCAUGUGCCUACGGCGUGAUAUUCCAGUGAAGCAGCACAAUAAAGUUGGGCAUUGUGCUCACUGCCAUAAGUAGACACUGUCGUUUAUAUGACUGAAAAAUUGUUUGCAUAUUGUACCAUCUUUUAAAUCAUUGGUUUGCACCUUUAAACUAUCCAGUAUUAGACUGUAGCUUAAUUUAUAAUUUUUUCAUGAUUCUUGCUUUUUCGCUGCAAUUGUCAGGGCAGGGUUGGUCAAUAGUUUUAAUAUUUCAAUCUACCAUAUUGAUUGUGUACAUGGUUUCUAGAACUUUCAUAACUUUACAUUACUUUUACUAUGUCCCUCGUUUUUGGCGGGAAAGUUAGGCUAAUAUUAUAAAUAGGCAGGUUUGCUCAGCAGUGGGUUUGUUCUGUGUUUGGUCGCCGAAACGAAAGGUAAAGUGUUUACCUCCUUUCACUGACCUGCCUGAGCCACUCCCUCUCUCUCCCCCAGAUAUUAUAUUAGGAAAUUUUAGUUGCUUAUUUUUUAGGUUUUUGUAAUUGAGAAAUUGUUAUUAUUGAGUUGUAAAUUUUUAACAAUAAGGAAGGGUAACCAAUAAAAAAGGUGUGAACUGUG